AUGGCAGGUGCAACAGGUGCAUCCGCCACCACACUGACCAAUAAUUCCGGGCACCAGGUUGUCCAGCGCAGCAUCCAGUACCGUUUCACCUGCCGCUGCAUGACAGAUCUGUCGGCUGCCAUCUGCCUGGAUAAACUUAACUUCAAUGCGAUCAGCAAAUCUACCGCUGCGCAGACCCUGGGCGACUGGGGUGCACACGUCAUAGAUGCAGAUAAAUUGGGCCACCGCGCUUAUCUUGCGGGUACCCGGGCGUUUGACCAGGUCGUCGCCACCUUCGGGCAGGACACCGUCGGUGAAGACGGUGAGAUCGAUCGCCGAGUUCUCGGCGGCAAAGUCUUCGGCCAGGCUGACAGACUUAAGGCGCUCACAGAUAUUGUCUGGCCGGCGAUCAGAAGCAUGGCUGCCCAAGAGAUCAGCCAGGUACAGCAGAAACAGCCCCAGCAACCCAUUGUUCUGGAAGCGGCUGUCUUGAUCGAAGCGGGCUGGCAGGAUCUGGUGGAUAUGUUAUGGGUAUGCGUUGUUGAUCGCGAGAUUGCGGUCGCCCGGGCUUGCGCCCGAGAUGGCUUCGAGCCCAGUGCGGUUGAAGCCCGGAUCGAUGCACAGCUGACUAACGAAGAGCGUAUCGCUGCAGCAGAUGCUGUGAGCGGCUACACAGUGAUUCUAGAUCUACAUGCCCAUUCAAUUAAGUCUGAUGAUGGCCGAGCCAAAGUGCAGAAUUAUUGCCAGUGGAUAAAAACGCGCAACAUCCCGAUUGACGGAUUUGUGCUCACCGAGCACCGUCAAUUUGAUAACGAGUCCGACUACAGUGAUCUGGCAGCCAAACAUGGCAUCACCAUUUUAAAAGGCAGUGAGGUCGAAACUGAGUACGGCCACGUUCUGGUUUUUGGCGUCACCAAGACACUGCAGGAGGCGUUCGACUUUACCAAUAUCCACCUGGCGUUAGCUGAUGUGAUCGCAGCGUGUGAUGCCCACGGCGCUGUUGCGGUGCCCUGCCAUCCUGGUCGUAAACGUGUCGGUAUGGCCGCCCACCUUGAAGAGCAUGGUGUGCCUGCUGGUGUCAAUAUAGUGGAAGUCUACAACGGCGGCUCACGCGGCGCAGAAGAUCAGGUCGCCCAGGACAUGGCGACCGAACAGAACUAUUUAGGUAUCGGCGGCAGUGAUGCACAUAUCGUCAGUCACAUUGGCCGCUGCGCCACAAAAUUUGAAGACACCAUCCACAACGAACAAGAGCUGGUCAAUGCAUUGAAAGCUGGCCGCUUUGAAGCCAUCAAACUACAACAGGCGCUUGCGGACUACGCCAUCGCCUGUGGUGAAACCGCUGCAAAGUUCACCAAUCCUGAAGAUCCGGAUUUUCAGGCACCGCCAACCAUUGCAUCCAGUUUUCACAGAUACCAGCAUAGUGAUCCGGGAGAAGCCACAGUCAUGACUGUUAACACGAUUGCCGACGUAGAGUUCGGCGUUGAAUUGCCGUCUGUUUCUCCAGAUACCAGCCUUGCAAACGUAAAACGGUUUGUUGUGGCAGCAGGCUGGGACAGCCCGCGCUUUACUGAUCAUGCCGCUGCUAAGGAGCAGGGCCUGCCUGGCGCAUUGGUCCCAGGCAUCAUGAGCCAGGGUUUUUUAAGCGCGAUGAUCCAUCACUGGGCACCAUCCGCUGAAGUCAAACUGGUUGAUACAGUUUUCAGAGCGCCGUGUAUUGUCGAUGAACAAUACAGUAUCAACGGAGUCGUUACAGAUCUUGAUGAAGACACCGGCGAAGUAGAGAUCGAUCUUACGGUGACCAACGAAGCCGGUGAAAACCGGGUGUUUGGUACCGCAAAAGUGCUGAUACCGGUGAGUUAA